AUGGAUCAAGUAAAGCAUGUUGCCCUUUUUGGAGGUACUGGUCUACUAGGCUCGGCUGUUGUGGAAGCCCUCCUAGCCAGAAAUGACCAAUUUGAACUCACUCUCUUCACGCGAAGCAGUUCGACCCACGAGAUCCAAGCUAAGGCAAGAGUUGCGGCCAUUGAGUCCUUCCACGAUAUUUCGGAAGGCAGCACGCUCGUGCAAUGUCUCCGUGGUCACGAUGUGCUCGUGUCGACAUUGAAUUCAGCCGUGGCUGUUGAGUUGGAACCCAAGCUGGUGGCAGCCGCCAUUCAAGCGGGUGUCAAGCAUUUCUUGCCGUCCGAGUAUACCUUGGACGUGACGCAUCCCGCAGCUCGAGUACUUGGCAAUGCCAACAUGCUCGGUGCACGAGCAUCAUGGGCAGACAAAUUGGCGAUGAUUGCCUCCUCAGGCCAAAUCACCUACACCACUCUUGUCACAGGCGGCUUCCUCGACUGGGGCAUAAAGAGCGGCAUGCUAGGUUUCGACCUUGCACAACACGCUGCAACCCUCUACGACGGAGGCCAACACAAAGUGACGGCUUGCACCGUCAGCUUCGUGGCGAAAGCGAUUUUGACAGCAUUACGAAUGCCGACUGAGAAGACGGCGAAUAAGCGUCUGUACGUCGCUGAGGUUGAAUACAGUGGCGAGGAGCUGCUUCGGACCAUCGAACUCGCUUCGGGCGGGAAAUGGAGUGUCACGCAACUCGGUACAGAAAGUGCUAAGGAGAAUGGAAUGAAACUUCAAGCCCAAGGCAAUAUGAGAGGAGCAUAUCUCAAUCUUGCGCGGGCCUUGAACACUUCGACGGAUGCGGAGCUGCACACCUCAGAUCUGGACUGGAGUUCGGCAAGGAAGUCGACCUUCAACGGCGCAGCCUUUUCGACAUUGUUCGAGGUGUUAUUGAUGAGGAUAAAACAUCGUAUGGACACCAGCGUACUUGAAGACUGUCAUGAUACAACCGUAGGGCCCAUCAUAUGA